AUUUUUUUCAGUACGCAGAUAGAGAGAGAAAGAGAUACAGAUAAUACGGGAAUAUCCAUUUAUCCCCCAUUUGCCCCUUGAAAACCCCCCUUAAAAAAGUAACUGCCGGACCAAACACACUGCAUUGCUCUCAUCGAUUAUGGUCUUGUACUACAGAAACAAUCAUGCCUACGAAUACAACUUUGAAACGGUGACGCUAGCCUAUUUCAACCGAUAUCCAAACCCCUAUGCUACACAUGUUAAAUCUAUCGACACAAUUGACGUGUAUAUGGAUGACAGCGGCAGACUGCACCAGGUUAAACUCAUAAAGAAGAGCGGAAGGCUUCCACAGUUCGUCAAGCCGUUCCUGGGCAAGAUAACCACCACGUGGAUUGUCGAGAAUACAGUGGUGGACCCGAAAUCUCAGGAAAUGACAACCUACAACUGCAACUUAGACCACAGAAAGAUCAUCCGGAUCGAAGAGUUCAACACGUACAAAUACAGCUUUGCCCAAAGUGUCACCAACUCCUUUGUAACGGUGAAGUUCAGCAGUGGGUUCACCCACAGGUUUGGGUUGGGUUUGGGAAUCAAGGACAGGAUUGAAAACUGGUCAAAGAACAAGUUCAGCGACAACCUCAUGAGAAGCAGAGAGGGGCUCAGGUUGGUCAUGGACUCGGUAAAGUUGAAGUUGUUGGCUAGGAAUGAAAUUUGAUAAGCCGAAAAUCAAAUACACAAACAAGCACACACCCUCUGAGAUAACCGGUAAGGGGUACAGCGGUUAUUCCUUAUGACCAUAUAGAACUGUUUCCAAACG